UCAUGUAAGAUGGUGGUUAGACGGUGCAGCCGCUGUACAUGGUCAUAGAGGCUACUAUAAAGGCUUGGCAGUUUCAGUUAAGAGCGGAGAAAUAAUCCCCUAAAAAAAAUCAAGCUCCCAGUUUCCUAACACUUCGGAGUGCAGAAAUCUCUCUCAUAUCCACGUCCCAACUGCUGUGCAUAAAUCUUGAGAAGAACAGAUUUAGACAGGGAUGUCCCGUAGCCCUGAAGUGAAAGAGGACCCCAUGGAGUGCCCCCUGUGCAUGGAGCCUUUGGAGAUUGAUGAUGUCAACUUCUUUCCCUGCACCUGUGGCUACCAAAUCUGCCGUUUCUGCUGGCACCGCAUUCGCACAGAUGAGAAUGGCCUUUGUCCCGCCUGCAGGAAGCCGUAUCCAGAGGACCCAGCUGUGUACAAGCCCCUGUCUCAGGAGGAGCUGCAGAGGAUAAAGAAUGAGAAGAAGCAGAAGCAGAAUGAGCGCAAGCAGAAGAUCACAGAGAACCGCAAGCACCUAGCCAGCGUGCGUGUUGUCCAGAGGAACCUGGUGUUCGUGGUGGGGCUAUCGCAGAGACUCGCUGACGCUGAGGUCUUGAAGAGGCCAGAAUAUUUUGGCAAGUUUGGGAAGAUCCAUAAAGUGGUCAUCAACAACAGCACCUCAUAUGCAGGCUCACAGGGUCCUAGUGCCAGUGCCUACGUCACGUAUAUUCGGUCAGAAGAUGCCCUAAGAGCUAUACAGUGUGUCAACAAUGUAGUAGUAGAUGGCAGAACACUUAAGGCAUCUUUAGGUACAACAAAGUACUGCAGUUACUUUCUAAAAAGCAUGCAGUGCCCCAAACCAGACUGCAUGUAUCUACAUGAGCUGGGUGACGAGGCAGCUAGUUUCACAAAAGAAGAGAUGCAGGCUGGAAAACAUCAGGAAUAUGAACAGAAACUUUUACAGGAGCUCUACAAAAUGAACCCCAACUUCUUGCAGACCUCCACAGGGACUGGGGAAAAGACAAAGGGCAAAUCAGGCUCUGUACAGAGUUCCAACAGUAACAACAAAGACGCAUGGCCAUCGUUACAGCCCACAGGAAAAACAGCCAAUGGGCUUUCAGAACACCGCAAGAGCCCACCUCUUGAUGGAGGCUCAGACUGUGAGCACUUAACUCCAGAUGGGCCAGACUCAGAGCUGGGCCUUGGUCCCCUCCCAGCCCCCUUCUCUUCAAACUGUGAACCUGCCAGCCCUGGUGACAAACCUCCAGAAGCCAUCAGUAUAGGAAAUGGGGAAACAUUGCCACAGAUUCCCUGCAGUGACUCGCCAUCGCCCCCUCCAGGUCUGCCUAAGCCUUGUCUGGUGGUGCCAAUUAGUGUAUCAGGCUUGACUGUGCGUUCACCCUUUGAGGGGGCAGCAGCAGAGUCACAGUCGUUGUUCUCAGACAACAGCAACUUCAGGCACCCUAACCCCAUCCCGAGCAACCUGCCUGGCUUCCCCAGCUCCCCUCAUAACAACACAGACUGGCCCACUGCUCCUGAACCACAGAGCCUCUUCACCUCAGAUACCAUACCAGUAUCGUCCUCAACGGACUGGCAAGCGGCCUUUGGCUUUGGCUCCUCCAACAAACAGCAAGAGGAUGACCUCGGCUUUGAUCCCUUUGAUAUUACACGAAAGGCGCUGGCUGACCUAAUCGAGAAAGAGCUGUCAGUGCAGGACAAAACUUCACUGUCCAUGAGUCACACAAUUCCAGCACCCGGCUUCCCCCAUGGCCCUGUGCACAGCCCCCUCCACAGCGCCCCCUCCAGCAAAGGCCCGCUACUUCCCCCUGGCUCAACCACACACUUCCCUGCGAACUCUGUGCUGCCACCGCGUGGGUUCUCCCAAGUCCCACAGCGGGCUGUGUACAACUCCUUCAGCUUUCCCAGUCAGACACAAGCCUCACGCCACAGCUGGCUGGCCAUGUCUGCAAGGAGCAACCUCCCGCACUUGAACCACAACGCCACAGCUGCCCCCUCCACCGUACAGCACAACAGCUUCUUGGACUUGACUUUGCCAGCUCAACAACAGCAACACAGUACAGGGCUGGGAGGCAUCCCCAUCACAGAAAACAGCAGUUCAGUAGAGAGUAUAAAUGUCAAAGAGUGGCAGGAUGGCCUUCGAGCGCUUUUACCAAACAUCAACAUAAAUUUUGGUGGGCUGCCAAAUUCUUCGUCUUCCUCCUCCUCCUCCUCCUCCUCGUCCUCCUCGUCCAGCAUGAAUCACACAGGGGGUAUCACGCACAGCCUGAGCUGGGACGGCACAGCAAGCUGGAUGGACCCUGCCAUUAUCACAGGUAUCCCAGCGUCAUCGGGCAACGGUCUGGACUCUCUUCAGGACGACAAUCCUCCUCACUGGCUCAAGUCCCUGCAGGCCCUUACAGAGAUGGACGUCACCUCUGGCUCCACAGUGCCCCCCCAGCCCCCUCACAACACGCCCUUUGGGGCCCAGGUCCCCCUUCACAGAGCCAGCUGGGCCCCAUACCCACCCGCGGUGUCGGCCAACCCUGCCAGCCAGUUCCACUCACCUCCCCCAGGCUUCCAGACAGCCUUCAGACCGUCAGCCCAGGCCCCUACAGACCUGCUCCAGAGUGCCGCCAUGGACCGACAUUAGGGACUGUGAAACUAACACCCUUUCCUUUACUCUGAGAAAACCCAACAAACACAGCAAGCCGAAUCAAUACAACAUUACAAAACUAUUAACAAAGUAAUUAUAAGAUAAUGUAUUCUUUUUUUUCUUCCUCCUUCUGGUCUUUUGAGCUCAUUUUAUCUUUCUUGGUUUCACAUUUUUCUUGGUUUAGUCUUUGUUCUUGUUGUCCCAGUGCUCUAUCCCAGCAUUCUGGGCGUGUGAUCACAUAAGCAAAGAAAUUCUCUAACACAGCAUGAGAGAUUUGAAUAGAUUCACAAUGGGGGAGUGUUUAGGGGGAAAGAAUUGGCAAAGAAUGAUUGUAUGGAGAUCAUGAAAAUAAUGUGAAUGGAUUAAAGUCCUGGAGAAGAUUCCAUUUGAACAAUGGAGCAUCUUGAUCAGAAAUAAGCUUUUCUGCCUUUAAAGCUAUACCAAAAAAGAUCAGCACCUGUUGUAUGUCUACCUGUACAGAGAAGAAUCUGCUUCCCACAAGUCCUUAAGGCCAUGGGAUUCUAAGGAAUCAAGUCUUUCCUGCCUUCCCCCCUUUUAAAUCAAAAGCAUACUUGCUGCUGUUCUGAAGGAUCAAAUGCAUAAGGAAAGGGGGGAAAAAAUCAGAAAUGCUUUUCUUCCCUGGAAGAUGUUUGGUUAUAUUUUCCUGGUUGUGACAGAGAGGCUUUUUUUUGGAAGGGGGGGUUUGAUUACAGUCUCCUUUCAGAAUGUGGCUAUGGUCCUUAAAAGCCAUGCCUUUAGAAAAAAAAGAAAAAAAACACAGAAAAACACACAAGCUGGGUCCUUGACACAUGCUUCAUUUUACUGGGUGCAGCCUUUUAGGUAGCAGGACUUUGUCGUUGACCCUCCCACCAAAUGACUGGUACCGGGUCAGGACAGGAGGCUUUUCAGUUGCAGCUCUGCAUUUAACCUCUGUAUCAGAGGGUGGUGCAUUGCAAAAUCGACUGAGGCCUCUUUUGAAGAGCAGGGGAACUGUAAUACCCCUUCAAGCAAAGGAUAGGCGUAGCGGACAGGACACCACCGUGUGGUGUCUUUCACAGCUGCCCUUACCUGAAGAGGACAUCCAAAAAGAGUUUGUGUGUUCUUGGGUUAGAUUCCCCAGGGAAAUAAGAUGGAUGUUGGGUUCUGGGACACAUUGCUGGGUAUGAUAUAUGAUCCAUAUAGAUAGGAGACUUGUUUUGAGGAGACACAUGGCAACAAAGCAAAGUGCUCAUGUCUCUUUUCUCAGCAUGUAGCAUCAGUGAGGCAAACACUCAAGUUCUCGUGCACUGGUGGGUGUCUGACAAAAGAAAUGUCGGGGUACAAGUUAUGAUUGAUAUGGUGUGUGAGAAAAUGACUUAGUAUGUUUUAUUUAAUUAGUAAUUUGAUUUCAAGAUCAACAUUCAGGGAUAAUUUGUUUUAAAGGCAUGUUAGUGUCAUCUGAAAAGAGAUCAUGUGUUUCUCACACUUAAACAAAGCGAUAAUGGCCACACUGAUGGUGAAAGCUGGGAUAGCAGUACUGAUAGGCAACACAAAGUUCUUUCAACACAGGAUCUCACCGAGGGCCGUAUGAAAACCACUCUCCCUUCCAUCUGCCUCCUUUAAUUUUCUUUUAAUGGUCUUAAUCCUGUAUCAGCUGUGUAGGUUCUUGCCAACUGUUCAAUAUUCAACAGUAUUCAAGAGAAAAUAAUUAACUUAUGAUCUCAAGAAGAAACCAAUACAGUUUAACUAUGGGUUUUACUCAAUGCUAAAACAAUGAGAAAGUUUAAAAUGAAGAGCUAAAGGAACUGUACCUCUUUGCAGGUCUGGAAGAAGAAACAAUCUUAAAAUAAAAGAGAAAAUAACGAUGCUG